UGUUUUUCUUCCUUUACAGAAGGACAUGUCACUAAAGCCUCAGGAGCGGAAGGAAAAAUGGGAGAGGCAUCCAGGCAAGAAACCUAGAGAAUCUGAAAACUGCGUGUCUGCUGAGCCGAGUGAAAAUGGCCAUAAUAACGAUGCUGGGAGCUCAGAGAGAGAGGCAGAAAGAGGCAAAGAACGCGUGAAGAAGAAACUCCCACUGAAGCUAACCAAACAGAUGAAGGUCCCCACAAGCAGAAGUGGCAGAAAUAGCGAGGAGGACAGCAUCAGGGAGGCCACAAGCUCUCAGCGGAGCAGCUCCAGGGACCGCCUCAGUGAUAGUUCUGCUCAAUCGCUUUCAGGAAGAGGCUACUCCUGUGACAGCGAGAGUGAUGUUGACGAUAAGACUUCAACGGAACUGGAGCUGACUCGUAUCAGGAGUGCCUUGAUAACAAGCAAGGCUUCUGUAGGAUCUGAGAAGCUGUUCUCCCCUGCAGCAAAUAAAGGUCCCACCUUGAAUGACAAGCCAGAAGCGAAAGCAGCCAAUGUCCCAAAGGUGUCUGGGCUAGAGCGGAGCCGGGAGCUGAGCACCGACGUGCCCUUCACCCUGCCUAUCCCCAGCCCCCAGCCAGUAGCUGCCGUUGUGACUUCUACUUCCUCAGCGCCCACGUCGAGCGCCAGAGCGAGCCCGCUGUUGAAGAAGGAGCCCGUGAUUUCAGCACCAGCACCACCAAGGCUCACACCGCAGCCGCAGCCUCGGCCUCAGUCACAACCUCAACCUCGGCCGCAGUCGCAGCCUCAGCUGAUACCUGAGCUUCGGUCCCAGCCUCCGAGUCACAUCCCUCCGCCUCUCAACUACCAAGUGCAUCACCAGGUGGCCCACAACGGACUCAAUAAUAUCAGCCGGAGCAGCAGUGCUAGCAGUGCAACGAGCAUCAGCAUCCCGAAACACCUUCCUCUCUCUCCCCAGAUUCCUCCGCACCAUUCCUCCGGCCCAGCCCUGCCCCUCUCCAUCUCUAAUCUUGCUACCUCGCACUUCUCUCUCAGAUCGCAGACCCAACACCAGCACCAUCCGGCCAUGUUCGCCACCCCACCCACGCUGCCACCUCCACCAGCGUUACCUACCAACAGCCUCGUGAUACCAGGUCACCCUGCAGAUCACGAACUGCUCAGGCAAGAGCUGAACAACCGGUUUUUGGUUCAGAGUUCGGACCGGGCCGCUGCCUCACUUGGCCCGGUGCCGCUGCUGAGGGCGGAGUUUCACCAGCACCAACACACGCAUCAGCACCAACACACCCACCAGCACACAUUCACUCCUUUUCCAUCCAGCUUGCCCCAGACGCCGCUCAUGCCGCCCUCUGCACCUCCCAUGGUGCGUACCCCAGCCCAAAAUUUUGACAAGUACGCUCCCAAAUUAGACAACCCUUACUUUCGACAUUCCAACUUCUUUCCAACCUAUCCUCCAGCAAUGCCUGGAAUGCCACCCAUGCUUCCACAUUCAGGUCCCUUUGGGUCACUUCAGGGAGCAUUUCAACCGAAGACUUCAAACCCUAUCGACGUAGCAGGUAGACCAGGCACAGUCCACCAUACGCUGCUGCAGAAGACUCCAGGGGUGUCAGACCCUUACAGGCCACCAGUAAGAGUAAGUAAGAAACCCGGGAAGUGGUGUGCAGUUCAUGUACAGAUCGCCUGGCAGAUCUACCAUCACCAGCAAAAGAUAAAGCAAAUGCAGCUGGAUCCCCACAAGCUCGAGAUAGGCGGUAAACUUGACCUGUUCAGCAGACCUCCUGCCCCUGGAGUGUUUCCAGGCUUCCAUUAUCCACAGGACCUUGCCAGGCCUCUGUUUUCUACUACAGGUGCAACGCAUCCAGCCACCACCCCCUUUGGUCCUUCACCUCAUCACAGCAGUUUCCUGCCUACUAACCACUUGGCAGAUCCAUUUAGCAGGUCAAGCACCUUCAGCGGCCUUGGGAACUUAGGCAGCAAUGCCUUUGGAGGAUUAGGCAGUCAUGCUCUGACUCACAACAACAUUUUUACUCACAAAGACGGCCCAAACCUGCAGAAUUUCAGUAAUCCCCAUGAGCCGUGGAACAGACUCCAUCGGACCCCGCCAUCCUUCCCAACACCUCCGCAGUGGCCCAAGCCGAGCGACUCCGAGCGAAGCUCCUCGGUGACAAACCAUGACAGAGACAGGGAGCGGGAGCCCGAGAAGAGGGAUCUUUCUCUGAGUAAAGACGACAGAGACAAAGAGAGAGACCUCAUGGAUAAAAACAGACAUUCAAACAGAUCCUCACCGGCAUCAGCUCCAGUGACACAUCAGAUAAGCAAUCUCAUCCGCAGCAACAGCCAAACCUCCAGCGAUCCCAUCAGGCAGGUGAGCCUUGCUGAAAGGGAAAGGUCCAAAGAGCCCGAGCGAGAGCACCCUGACCGGCUGAGAGAGCCACCCAUAGCAGAACACAAGAUUAAAGAGAGCCGUUCCCCAGUGAAGGAAACUCCAAGCCAUGAUAAGAGACCCUCUGAGGACAACACAAAGCCAGUAAUCCAGUCUGUAUCCCCAUACAGCAAACCUGCACUAAGUGAGAGCUUGAAGCUUACCAAUCUAAUGAGCAAGGACAUGGAGAGAAAGACAGAGCUUCCAAGUGACCUCCAGAAGAUUAAGAAUGACAUCAAGGUCAAAGAGGAGAGGAAGGAAGACAGCGACGUGCUGGUGGUGGGCUCUGAGCCUUCGCAGCACUCCCGAUCAGUGGAGCAUCCCCCGCCCCCUACUUUGCACGGAUUAUCAUUGCCUCCCUCGAUGGCAGCCUCCAUGCCUAUCUCCAUGGGCAGCGUGCACCAGAUGAACAACAUGAAUGUGCUGGACCGCAGCAGGAUGAUGACCCCGCUCAUCGGCAUGAAUCCUUUGUCAGGAAGAGAGAGGCUGCCACAUCCUGGAUUUUCUUGGGACCCAAUGAGGGACCCGUUGCGAGAUGCCUACCACCGGAGCUUGGACCUGCACCGUCGAAUGGACUUCCAGCUCCGGACGGAUCCCAUCCACAGGUUCCCUACCACCUCCGGGUUUUACGACCACGAGCGUUCUUACAGGGACAGGGAGCCGCACGACUACAACCACGAGAACCUUCUGGAAGCGCGCCGAGAGCAGGAGCGGUUGCGGCAAGUGGAGGAAAGAGAGCGCUUGCACUUACGGGAGGAACUUGAGCGUGCCAGAAUGCACCACUUGCACUCGUCCCCUAUCGAAAGUCACCUGGCACACGUGCCAUCCUUCAUGCCUCAUUUGAGCGGGAUGCAUUACCCCAGACUGAGUCCAUCCACUGCCAUGCACAACGGGAUUCUGAACAGGAACCCUCCGACCGCGGCGCUGAGCGCCCCGCCGCCCCUCGUGCCAGCGAGCAGCACCCGGCCUGCCUCCCCCCGCAGGACUACCCCGCUCACUAACUCAGAGUCCAGGGACUACUCCCCCUCUAGGAACCCCAAAGAAGUAGAGGCCCGAUAGUCCCCCACA